AUGAGUGUCAGUUUCCCCGGUCCGGGCUCUGAGGGCAGGGGGACUGUUCAUAUCUAUCUAUCUAUCUAUCUAUCUAUCUAUCUAUCUCAGUCUGUUCUGAUCUAUCUAUCUAUCUAUCUAUCUAUCUAUCUAUCUAUCUAUCUAUCUCAUCCAUCUCAUAUCUAUCUAUCUAUCUAUCUAUCUAUCUAUCUAUCUAUCUAUCCUAGUCCCAUUCUAUCUAUCUAUCUAUCUAUCUAUCUAUCUAUCUAUCUAUCUAUCUAUCUAUCUAUCUAUCUAUCUAUCGAUGUCCAUGUCAUUAAAUUAACCCACCUCACUUUCCAUUUAUUUCUGUUUACUCCACCAUUUCUUCCUUCCAUUCUUUCUUUCAUUUGUCUUUCUUUCUUUCUUUCUUUCUUUCUUUCUUUCUUUCUUUCUUUCAUUUCUCUUUCUUUCUUUCUUUCUUUUCUUUGCUUUUUUCUUUCUUUCUUUUCUUUCUCUUUUUUCAUUUCCCUUUCUUUCAUUUCUGUUUUUUUCUUUCAUUAUUCUUUCUUUCUUUCUUUUCCUUGCUUUUUCUUUCUUUCUUUCGUUCUAUCUUUCAUUUCCCUUUGUCAUUUCUCUUUCUUUCUUCCAUUUUUCUUUCUUUCUUUUCCUUGCUUUUUCUUUCUUCAUGUCUCUUUCUUUCUUUCUUUCUUUCUUUCUUUCUUUACUUCUUUCUUUUUCUCUUACUGUCUUUCUUUCUUGCUUUCUUUCAUUUCUCUUUGUCAUUUCUCUUUCUUUCUUCCAUUUUUCUUUCUUUCUUUUCUUUGCUCUUUCCUUUCUUUCUUACAUUUCUCUUUCUUCCAUUUCUCUUUCUUUCUUUCAUUAUUCUUUCUUUCUUUCUUUUUUCUUUCUUUCUUUUCCUUGCCAUUUUCUUUCUUUCUUUAA